GCGUGCGGCGCGCCUCUCAUUGAUGUCAAAUUGCGGCGAUCUGGUGGCAGGGCAUGGCGGUGGGGAAAGGUGCUGGUGGUGGUGGUGGAAGGGUGUGACUGUGUUGGGCAUGUUAUUGGUUGAUUACGAUUGUCUUAGCCGUUUUUUUUUUUCUUCUUUUUUAAGAUAUACCUGUGAUUCUUGGUAUGCUUAUGGUUAUGUCCCGGAUAUGGUGGUGGCAGGUUACGGCAGUAGCAGGCCACUGGGCAUGGUGGGUCCUGUGCAGGCAUAGGGAUUGCAUGCCUUAACGUCUUCAGACGGACUGUGUCCGGAGGGGGCAGAUUCCGGGAUGUAAGGCGUGUCGCUGGGUCCGUCGUGGUUUGAGGCAUCCUGUAAACUCUGGAUGUCCUUGAAGAGUGCCUCGGGCCAAGGUGGAGACAGGAAGAGGUGGCACCGCUCUAUUUGACCCUCAUAACCUGAGGGACUUGUGUCUAAACCUCGGUGGAUUGGUCUUGGCGCUGGACUUGCAGCAUCUUGGAGCUGGGGAUGGAAGGCGGCGGCGAGGAGGGAGGGAGGAAAGACAGGUCACUCCGGUAGGCUGACGGGCGCUCCGCUGCAGGUUAUUUAGUGCAGCUGGACGAUGGCUGGCCUUAACGAUAGGGCUUCACUGCCCUUAACAAGAAUUACUUGAAGUUGGGAGUUGGUUGGCGGCGUGUGCGGUGGAGAUGACAAGCCUGCGUCUGCCAAUUAGCGUUUUUUGUCCUUGCCCGAAGUGGUUUGAGCUGGUUCUCUCAUUUGUUUUGCUGCCUUUACUUUGAACUUUCUUUCAAGACCUCCAUUCACUUGAGAACAACAAUUGCACGUUAGACUAAUGCAAACUUGUUAAUACUGCUAUUAUCCUAUGUUAAUUUUGGAGCAAAUAUAAAACAACUGUCAGAGCCAGCGGCAUAAAUCAGAUAUCCCUUAUAUUAGCAUCAACCAAUCACCAACCUCCUUUUAAUUCAAAGUCCAUCUCUCCCGUACCGUGAGUGGCUGGUGGGAGCCCGGUGGGCGGGGCCUCGAGCGUCCCUCCCCUCGUCUCUGAAGUGUUGUCAGGGGAGAGCUGCCAAAGACUUCAAGAUGAUGUCCAACACAAUAUAAUAUGUCACAUCUUUUCUAAUAAUUAUACAUAUUCACGACACAUUAUUGCGAAAGUAUAGUCACGUAAGAUAUUGCAAGUGUCAAAAUGAAAGAAAUGUGCUAGCAACACUAAGAAGUAGUCCAGGACUCCGUCGAGCAUCAGGCGUGAUCACCUCUAAGGGCGCGGGGGAGGCUAAGACAGAGGCCGUGGGGUGGGGAGGGUUUUUGCUUGGCGUCUUCUUAUGUUGAGUCUUGCUAGCAGCCGCCACCACCGCUCUCCUGAACCUCCCGGCCGCACCGCCCUCCUGCACCGCCGGUAAAAGCCAGGGCCGCUACCUUCUGCAGGGAGCUCCCCGGAGAGACCCCGCAGCACCAGCCGGCCGCUACCACCGCUACCACUCAUCACAACACUAACUGGCUGCUGGUCGCUGUUUUUGAGGUGAGUGGUUGAUGGGUCGUGCAAGAUCCCCUCAACUCCUGUUCAACUUUGGGAUGAUGGCGGUUUUGCUUUGGAUCAAUACCCAGCCAUGACGUCACCCGAGGCGGCGGCAUGAUGACCUGAGGAAGGCGGCGAGAGGGAAGGUGGUGUGGCUGUGACUGUGACUGUGGAUGUUCGGGGUGGGUGUGACUGCAAGCACAGCCCCUCUGCCCCCUCCCUCCCUCGCCGCUCACUCUCUUUCUCUCUCCCCUCGCCCUUCUGCCUCACUCUUUCCCUCGCACUCACCCUCUCCCUCCCCCUCUCCCGCAUGCACAAGCAGAAUGCAACGCUGGCGCAUUACAGGCAUGCACGGCCGGGACCAGGGCGUGUGUACGUGCGUAGAGACGGUGCUUCUGGCCGCAGCCGUGCAGGAGGGAGGGAGGAGGGGCGCCUUACCCCUUGAUGCACGCCUCACACACAACUACACCAGUUUUUCCAUUACUUGUUGACGUAAAGCGCGGAGAGGACAGCUUCCCUCCGCACCUCUCUUCUCAGUCGACACAAUAACAUCUCGAAUAUUUACUCUUCUUGAGGCGGCGGAUUGCUUCCAGAUACGUCAAGUGUUGCAGCUGGAGUAGAGUAGAGAUCCAGGUGUUGGGGUAACCGCCGUGCCGCACCACGCCGCCCACUCUCUCCCGCGCCCAUCAUGUGACCCACCGACACCUCCAUGCUGCUCGUGCCUCCUACCUCGCGCGCUGCCCCCUUCGCCGAGCCCCUGGUGCCGCCCACAACUGAGAGUAGCGGGAGUGUCGCUGCCUACCCCAACCACACAUUGGUGCCAGUCAAGGUUGAGCCCUCCCACCCCCGCUACCCGCCCCACCACCCGCCGCUCCCCGACAUCCACCUACGCCCACACAUGUCCGGCCUGAGCGAGACUCAAUACCCGCCCGCGUCUACCGCUACCCACUCGGCGCCCACAACGCCCGCGCCACCUUCCACUCCCACGCCUGCUCCCACAGUCAGUGCCCCGUCCGACCGCUCGGGGUCCGGCGGAUCUGCCAGCGGGGGGCCGCUCUCCAUCCUCCCGCCCACGGUGGUCGGCCCCUCGACAGGCAGUAUCGUUCCCACGUCCUCAUCCUCGGGUCCCGUGGGCGCCCUCACCCCGGCUAUGCCCGUGCCAGGGCCCUCCAACCCACAGUCCCAGCCCCCGCCAUCACAGCAGCAGGGGCCACAGGGCCACCACCCCCUGCUGGGAUACGUCAACCACGGAAACAAGAUCGUCUCCCGUAACCUCAACGGCACGCGGCCCAACUACCCACCAAUCAGCCAAACCGAUCGCCGCCCAGAAUCCAUAAGGCGCGCACAAGAUUACGGACACCCAAGUAAGUUGUCGCAGGCCCCUCCAGUCCCUCCACCUCCCCACAUGUCUUCCUUCGCCGCCGCCGCCGCCGCCGCCGCCGCCGCCGCCGCUCCUGGGCUAAGUCAGUUAUUAUAAUUAUGGUCCUUUUUUUCAUCCUUCUCGUGUUAUAUUUUCUUGGGCCGCGUUUCUUUGUGUGAUCUUCAUGCAUGGGACGUGGUUUCCUGGCGGCCGUACUGUCGUGUAAUCUGAAGUGAAGUGGU